AUGGCUCUCAAAGCACUUGUGGGGCAAAAAAUUAUGAAUGAAGUCAUUCGUUAUAGACCCAAAGGCAAAGAAACUCAGAAGGGUGUAGAAUGGCGCAUUCUUAUAGUGGAUCAGCUAUCAAUGAGGAUGGUUUCUGCUUGCUGCAAAAUGCAUGACAUUUCUGCUGAGGGCAUCACCUUGGUCGAAGACAUUCAUAAGAAGAGGGAGCCUCUCUACACAAUGGAUGGAAUUUAUUUAAUCACUCCGUCUGAGAAAUCUGUGCACGCCCUUAUCAAUGAUUUCUCCAUCGGAAACCGAAUUAUGUACAAAGCCGCUCAUGUUUUCUUUACUGAAGCUUGCCCUGAUGCGCUAUUUGAUGAAUUAUCCCGUAGUCGUGUAGCUAAAUAUAUUAAGACAUUAAAGGAAAUCAACAUUGCUUACAUACCAUAUGAACAACAGGUAUUCUCACUGGAUUCUCCGGAGACUUUCCAGUGCAUGUACAACCCAGCUUUAACUCAGACUCGUAAUGCGAACAUGGAGCGUAUCGCUGAGCAAAUUGCUACUCUGUGUGCCACUCUUGGAGAGUACCCAUCUGUUCGCUACCGCAGCGACUGGGAACGCAAUGUGGAAUUGGCGCAACUGAUUCAACAAAAGCUGGAUGCCUAUAAGGCCGAUGAACCGACGAUGGGCGAAGGCCCCGAGAAGGCGCGAUCCCAAUUACUAGUCUUAGACCGCGGCUUCGACUGUGUUUCGCCCCUGUUGCACGAACUCACUCUUCAAGCGAUGGCGUACGAUCUACUGCCUAUUGAAAAUGAUGUUUAUAGAUAUGAAGCAUCUGCCGGGUCCAUGAAGGAGGUUCUGCUCGAUGAAAAUGACGAGCUGUGGGUGGAAUUGAGGCACCAGCACAUUGCCGUUGUCUCCACUUCUGUUACCAAGAAUUUGAAGAAGUUCACUGAGUCGAAACGCAUGGGAGGUGAUAAACAAUCGAUGAAGGAUCUAUCACUGAUGAUCAAGAAGAUGCCGCAAUACCAAAAGGAGUUAUCGAAGUACGCGACCCAUUUGCGUCUUGCCGAAGACUGCAUGAAGGUGUAUCAGGGAUAUGUUGACAAACUGUGCAAAGUGGAACAGGACCUGGCUAUGGGAACCGAUGCUGAAGGUGAAAAGAUUAAAGAUCACAUGAGGAGCAUUGUACCAGUGCUACUAGAUCAGGCGGUGAAGAACUAUGACAAGAUGCGCAUAAUUGCGCUUUACAUAAUGUCGAAGAACGGCAUAUCUGAGGAAAACCUGAACAAGUUGGUGACUCACGCGCAACUUGAACAGUCCGACAAACAAGCGCUGUUGAACCUGGCUAACCUCGGCCUUAAUGUUGUCGUCGAUGGCAACAGAAAGAAGCAGUACCAAGUACCCCGCAAGGAGAGGAUCACUGAACAGACUUACCAGAUGUCACGAUGGACUCCAGUUCUUAAGGAUAUAAUGGAGGAUGCUAUUGAGGACAAACUGGACCAACGCCACUUCCCAUUCCUAGCUGGACGUGCCCAGACCUCCGGUUACCAAGCACCAACCAGUGUACGCUAUGGCCACUGGCACAAGGACAAGGCACAGCAAACCGUCAAAAAUGUGCCCCGAUUGAUCGUCUUCGUCGUUGGAGGCGUGUGCUUCUCAGAAGUCCGUUGCGCUUACGAAUUGACAGCUGCUCUCAAGAACUGGGAAGUAAUCAUUGGAUCCUCUCACCUCCUUACCCCGGAUAACUUCCUUUCCGACCUUAGCUCUCUCACCGCUUAA